GCUCCAUUUCCCAGUAAAACUUGAUUCUACAACAUCCUUGCAGUCUCACAGUCGUGUCAGUCCAGACUCCUCCCAGUCCCCAACAUCUAAGAUCAUGGAGCUGAGGUCGUUAGAAUUUGUUUGAUAUUUUCUGUCUGGAUUCCAUUCUUAGCUGCACAGUUGACUGUUCGACUUAUCAACGGGACCUACAACUCGGGACGUUUGGAAGUAUUUUUACAAUGCACAUGGAACACUGUGUGCGACGAUGAGUUCGGACAAGAGGAGGCGAGAGUGGUUUGCAGGAUGUUGGGCUUUGAGAGCACUGGCGCAGCUUUUGUGGAAUCAUAUAUUUACGGGGCAGGCGAAGGAAAUAUUUUGCUCGAUGACUUGAGAUGUAGGGGAACGGAGACCAGUCUGUCUCAGUGUGUCCACCGUGGAUUCUACUCACACAACUGCGGACACCUGGAAGAUGUCGGCGUUAUUUGCAACACCGAUGUGGAGCUGACCGCACGGUUGUUCGGAGGGACGCCAUGGGCGGGUCGGCUACAGAUCUUUUACAAAGGGAACUGGAGCACAGUGUGUGACGAUGACUUCGGAAAGGAGGAGGCGAGGGUGGCUUGCAGAAUGCUAGGUUAUGACAGUCGUGAAGCUUAUGCUGUGGGAUCAGCCAUGUAUGGACAAGGUAAUGGAAACAUUCUCUUCGAUAAUGUUGUUUGUCGGGGCACAGAGACAACCCUGGCGCAGUGUAAGCACAACGGGUACAACACUCAUAACUGUGGAAAUAGCGAGGACGUUGGAGUCAUCUGCAAAGUGGACGCUGGCCAUAUUCGACUCACUGGAACCCAGCGAACCAGAAAUGAUACGGGGCGAGUUGAGUUUCUACUUGGUCCUACGUGGACCACACCUUGCAUCAAAAACUUUAGCGCCGACGCUGCCAAAGUCAUCUGCAGGCAGCUUGGCUUACCUUCGAAAGCUUCCAUUAUGACGGCUGGAUCUCCGUUUGGACCCAGGCAGGGAGGCUUUGUGAACGUCGAUCUGAUCUGCACAGGAAGUGAACCCAGCAUACUAGGCUGUUUCCAGAAUUUUACUGGCUUCAAAAACAGCUGCAGUACAGAUAAUUUUGGCAUCAUUUGUAGUGAAUCAAAUUCUUCUCUUUUCAUCGUCACUGGACAAAGCACAAACAACCCUGGGUAUCCAUUAUUAGAAGGAACCAAUGCUACGUUAAAAUGUGAGAGCACACAGCGAAGUCUGUCUGGACUUGUUUACACCUGGCCAGAGACUGCAGGUGGUCGUCCUUCUGGGCAGUACCUGACUUUUAGCAACGUAUCCAGAGCACAGAAUGGUGGGAGAGUCAGAUGUAUGGCUACCUACAAUGUGUUUUACUCCAGAAAACAAGCAACCAGUGACACUUUGGACCUACAGGUCUACUAUCGCCCUUCUAUCAGUGUAACCUGGGAUUCAUGCCAAACCGCGGACUCGGGUCCAAAGCAAUGUGUUGUUGUUCAGAACCAGAAUGUUGCCCUUCAGUGUGACGCGGACAGCAACCCGCGGCCAUCUUCUACACGUUGGUCUGGAAGAAUGAACAGCACAACUGGACGGUUGCAGAUCAUCGCAGCAGAUAAGAGAAAACACCACGGCUUGUACACUUGUCACGUGACCACUGACACAGUGUCUGGAGGAAUACGUCAACCUUUGUCAACAAGUUAUACCUUUGCUGUUAUUGUGAAAUAUGCUCCACGUGUGGUGAGGUUCCACAUGAACGCCGAGCGCAGCCAGUUCGUCAACGUGGAAGAACACUCCAAAGUCAACAUGCAAUGUGAGGCUGAAGGUAUGCCCACACCUUAUAUGAAGAUUUUCAGUCACGUGGACAGCAGUCAGCGAGUACUGGCUAGCCGUCCUCAAGGAAAAAUUCAACUCUCUGAAGAGAAAGGAUACUUAGGAUUUAGUUUGACCUACACUUCUUGCGAGGCGUCAGGCAACUAUACGUGUGAGGUAGACAACGGCAGUGGAGAGGACAGGGCUAGCAUCAAGCUCCUUGUUCGUUGCGCCCCGAGGAUAAGAAAUACUACUGAACUGGUGCCUGUCAUGGACAUGCGGGACAAUGACGGAUACCUUAGUGUCCAGAUCAUAGCAUACCCAUCACCGCAAGUAACAAGCAGGACCUUUCUCGGACCAGACUUGAAAGAUGACAUCAGGGGUGUUCCAGCAGAUAACAGACUUCAAGUGAACUGUGCUGCAAAUAACCUUGCCCCUUCAUCAGUCACCUGCAACAUUACUAUUGUCAACAUGACGAAUGAUGAUAAAGGCGUUUAUAAAAUUAUUUUCAGCAAUAGUUUGGGAUACUUGCCCUUCAGGUUCGAAGUCAGGAAAAGAGAGCGCAGUGCUUUUCCUCAAUCAUAUCUGUUCUUAAUCAUCAUGAGUCUUGGUGGUGGCAUGCUCGUCUUCCUUAUUAUUGUGACAAUCGUCCAACUUACACGAUUCAAAGGAAAAGAUAAACAUAUCAAAAAGAGAUGCACCAAACCGAGACAGGAUCGAGAAGUGGUGUUAUCGUUACAAGACAUCAUCAGCAGCGAGACGGAAAACGCUUACUUUGAGAAGAAUGUUCUAGACACAGCGGUGAAUGUGAAUCCUCAAAAGACCUAUGACACUGAUGUUCUCUAUGCCAACACUGCUCAGCUUGAGGAAGAAGUUGAAGGAUCUACACAUGAUUAUAUUAAUGUACAGGACGCAUGGAAAAGAACGGGAAUAUAGUUCAAGAACGACAAAUCUUGUUUGCUUGAUUUUCUUUUUCGUUUUGCUCUCCCUUGAAUAACCUUAAAUUUAUCAGCGUUAAUUUGAUAAUUUUGUUUUAACGAAGAACUGGUAAUCAAACAAGAUAUAAAACAGUCACAACCAAAUGCCAAAUCAAUUUUUUUUCAUACAGUUUCAUUUUCUUUGUAAUCUUUUUCUUGUUAAAGGGAACAAGCUACUAGAACUUUCUAGUUCUCAGCCAGAAUGAGAUUCAACUAAUUUUGGAGCCUUAAUUUCUUGUGGAGAAAAUUAUGUUGUCAUAUUAAGAUGACAAAAGUAACUUUACAUAAUAUUGGUCUAGAGAAGGAUGAUUUUUGUGACUACUAUACAUGUGAAAAAAGAAAUCAUUCAACAUAUUUUUUCAACAUUAUUUUUUCAAACUUCCAAAAUUAUGUGUCAAAAAGAACUGUGGAAUUGUGACAAGAAUGAUUUUAAGUCAGCACCUUGUUUUACUUGGAUGUAGUAAUAACAUUAGCACAGAUGGUUCACUUGACUUUAUUUUUGCUGCUUGCUAAAUCAUACAUAUACUCCUGCAGUCAAAAAAAAACACCACACCCCUCUUGCAACCAUCAAUUUGGAUACUACAGCAUUGAUGUAAACAAAAGUUUUGAUAUAGGUCUUGAAAUGAAAGAAGACAGUGACUAAAUUGUUAUACCUAUAUUUUGACAUGCAUUAUCUCAUAUGUUUGUUAUAUUGAUAUAUAUGUUUGUUAUAUUAUGAUUGGUAUGAAUUGUUUAAGCAUGUAAUGUGUUAAGAAUAUGUGUCAAGAAUAUGUGUUAAUGAAAAAUAAAUGUUAAGACAUUUCUUUUAAUAAUUACAUUAGAUAUUAUAUUUCAUUUAGUUUUAAAAGACCUCUUUAAAUGGUUAUGUGCUUACUUACUAUUUUAUAGGAUCAUCUCAAAGAUUUGGUUGAUUGCUAGAGUAUUUCCCUGCAUUGCCCCCUGAUUGAUAUAGACAGGCACCUUCAAAUUUACUUUGCAGAAUACAUUUAAUUGUCUAUUUGAUUUAAUUAAAUAUAAGAAACAAAUUAAGGAUUAAAGGUAAGAUCCAUUCUUCUACUGAGAUCCUUGUUCUAAAAGGAUAAUGUUUGGUAUUUUUCAUUGAUUAGUUUAAUUUUAAAGUAGAAUCAUUCUGUUAGUAUAAAGCUUGCUGUCGAUAAGUGCAUCUGACACUAUUAAAUUAGAUAACUUUAACUUGAUAAUGAGGGUGACGUUCUCUCGCCUAAUAUGCUGCAUGAGACAGCUCUCGCUGUUUUUUUUAUUUUGUUUGUUUGUUUCCUUUUUGUGUACUAUCUGCACUGAUUUUAUCAUCAUCAAUUUGAGGCAAUACAUCUUCUUUUAGUUCCUCUUUGCUGGAUUAUCUGUAACUUUGUGUCUUUGUUUUCGUUUUGAAUAAAUAAAUGAGAUCAAAGUAUUCGUUGACGAAGGGUCUCCAUACUUUGCUACUUUCUUCGCUGUCUGUGAUUUGUACCAUUCACUUCUACAAUUGUCGUGCAUCCAGAUAGUACUUUGUUAAUAAUUGCUUACUCGAUGUAAUGAUUUAUUAUUGCUUCUUUUUUUACCUGGAUGCCUUGAUAAAACGAAUGAACAAUUCAGGAGCAAAUAUAGAUCUAGAGUCUGUCAGCAUUCGUUCGAGUGAUCUCCCCUUUGCUACUUGGUUGAAGAUGACUUUAUCUGCAUCGUCUUCUGAUCUCCGCCUGACUUGAUUUUACUGCAGUCUUCCGAAAAGAAAUAGGCUCUCAAAGUAUUGUGUGCUGCUGUGUCACACCCACGCCCUGUCUUCGUGUUUUGGUUCUUCACUGGACUGUGACUUAAUUUUUCUGUUUAGUGAACUGAGCUCGUCUGUGUGAUGGGGAGGCAGACUAUACAAGUGCACUGUUAUUGCUGCAGUCCGGCUGAUGCUAGAGAACGGAGCUAAAGAAAUGUGAUGAUGAUGAUGUUGUUGUUGAUGAUGAUGAUGAUGUGUUCGUGCGUGCGUUCGUGCGAACGUGAGCGCUGACAGGGUGGAGUUGGUGGGUCAGCUAAAAGAGAUGCUAUGUAAAAUGCAAAAAAAAAAAAAAAAAAAAC